UCGUUUGUCUCUUUCCACUGCUGACGCCCAAGCAUUUCGUGCUGCACACCCUGCUGGCCGCAAUUUUUUUUUCUUGCUCUUGAGACACGAGCACCGCGCCUGCCUGCCUUCCCCUCCCCUCCUUCUCUCUUUCUCUCCCCUCAACAUGAGCACUUCUACCAACACUGCCCAAUCUCUGGCGCAGACCAGCAAAGACCAGAUCCCCCCGACCUCUGUCGAAGCCGCCGUCCUGGCUAGCAGCGCCACCUCCAAUUCCAACGAUGCCUCGCGAGGACAGCCCCCCGCCGCCGCCGCCGGUGCCGCCGAACUCGCCAGUACAAAGAUAACUCUGCUCGGCGCCCUCAAGCGCUUCCCGGACUUCCCGAUCCCCGGCAUCCAGUUUAUCGACAUCCUACCUUUGUUCCAGGACCCUGCAAUCCAUACUGCCUUGCUGCGCGCCCUCGAGCUCCAGGUUCUCGAAUUCGCCGAGCACUCGAAGCCUGAUGUUGUAGUGGGGUUGGAUGCGCGGGGUUUCCUGUUUGGGCCCUCGCUCGCUCUGCGUCUCAAUGCGAGCUUCGUGCCCGUCCGCAAGCAAGGCAAAAUGCCGGGUCCUUGCGUCACAGCGGCCUACGAGAAGGAGUACGGGACCGACUUUUUCCAAAUGCAAGAGGGUGCGGUGAAACCCGGCCAGAAAGUGCUUGUGGUCGACGACAUUAUUGCUACUGGUGGCUCCGCUGCUGCUGCCGGUUCUCUUGUCAAGCAGUUGGGUGGUGACUUGAUCGGAUAUCUCUUCAUUCUCGAGAUCCCCUUUCUGAACGGCCGCUCCAAGCUCGACGGUGUCCAGACGGUCACUCUUCUGGAGACGGACGAGUGAAACCGACAUUCGUCGUGUUGCUCAAGCCGACCAUACCACCCUUUUCCGGUCCCGACUUCAUGCCGCCUAAUUCGCCCGCACCGAUUUUCAACAACAUAUUUAGGCC